AUGGGGCGCUGGGGGAACUUGGCGGCCGAGAUUCGCUUGAUGAUCCUCGAAAUGGUACUGGAGGGUUACAGCUUCAAAUCCGAACCGUACGCCCGCGCUAGAUAUGCCAGCGUCUGUCGGGAGUGGCAACCGGUCUUCGAACAGAGGAACUUUCAGCGACUUGUUCUCGACCAAGCGCGUAUAUAUGGCCUUGAAGAAUUUAUGGGUAAGGAGGCUACUAGCCACAGACGAGAUUACCUCAAGCACCUGUUUCUUCGUGUCAGGCUUGACGAGUACGACUGCACAGUCUGCCAAUCAAAAGAGGACAAUGAAACAAUUAAGAAUAAUAACGGUAUCUUUAGCAAAGCUGUCUGGAAUUUGCUGAUCAUCCUAUCCAAGUGGACCAGAUCCGCCUGUAGUCGCGGCCGUGGUGGCCGUCAACAAGGGCUGACAUUGGAACUUGGCGCCUACUCCCCGAGCGACUCCAAGCACACAUUCAGGGACUUUCGCCUCGAGCACGACUACCCGUACCAAGAAAGAAAUGACUUGGAGAUGGAUUGGGAUACGUACAAGCUACGAGCCGACAGACUUGGGCUCGAUAGCUUGAAUGACUUAUAUCAUAGGUGGGUUGACGGCCAUCGGGACCGUUUAAGCUUGGAAUCAAAACAGAGAAUAAUGGGAACAUUAACUAUUGACCUCGACCUUCCUGAAUUCUCCGCGUUCUCCCAUAUAUUCCCAAAAGUCGAGAUUAUAACGGGCCUGCUUAUCCGUCGACAGUUCUAUCGGAAAAUCGCGAUAUGGAAUGGUGGCGAAGGGCAUGCUUGUCUCUUCCGAUACGAGUACAGCAACGAUGUUGGCAAGCCUCAGAUUACCUGGGCAAGCAACUGGGGCAUUAACGUGCAGCUGGACUAUGACGUUGUCCAAUGCUGGGCAGAUUUGCCGAAGCAUAGGCACCUUCCCCAUGGCAAUCUUACAACUGCAGUUGAUCGGAUCCCAAGGAGAUUUAAGCAGGUGAAGACUUUUGCUACUGCAAUUCGUUACUUAAAACUGCGCGGUACCGUCUUGGAUCUCAUGUCGGAUUAUCAGCUAUCCUGGGAGCAACAUAAUCCCUAA